AUGAGGGUUAUCAUCGUGGCUCUCGCCAGUCUGGCCCUCUGGGUCAGCUCGACAACCGCUGCCGACACCAUGACCCGUGUCUGCAACAACUGUACCAAUGAGUCGACCGAGCCUUUCGUCGAGGCCCCUCCGCCAUGGAACCUCGAGGCCGAGGUCGCCUAUGUCAUCCCCAUGCUCGGCCUCUCCAACGACUUGCCCGUCAAGGCCUACUCGCCACUGGAACGCAACUCGACCUAUGCCACCAGCGGCUCCUGCCUGGCCGGAAUCGGUCUCAUGAUGAUUAUCCGGUACAAGGACAGCCCAGUCGGCCCCUACGACGAGUUCAUCAUCAUCCCCGGCCUCUACUCGAACCCGGGCGACACCGGGCUCCGCAAGUUCCGCAUCAGCAGAAUCUACGUCUCGCACAAGUACACGACCUGGAACGGCCGCAGGAACUGGAACAUCCCCAAACACAUUGCGCGCUUUGACUGGAGCUCGCAUGCAGAUGGCACUGAGUCGGUCAAGAUCUACCCGCACGACACGACCUCGCUGCUCAACGAGGAGGCGGGCCCUUCGGAACUUCCGUUCUUCCAGGGCACAUUCACGCUCCCGCCCAUCGUCGGCCUCGUCAGGGUUCCCUUGAGUACCGCCAUCACCACCUACCUCGAUGGAAUUGGCCUGGACGUGCUGAAGCUCUCGUCGCCUCCCCUGCCGCAGGGAAAUGGCAAGUACGGCGAGCUGGUGGGAACUAGCCGCAACGCCAACACGCAGUUUGGAGUCUCGGGCGCGUGGGCGUCGGUGGGUUCCCUGGACGUGUACCAGGGCCCCCAGGGAGACCAGAUUGGGAGCACCGGAAAGAAUGCCGUGGGCGACGAGUAUUACCCCAACUUCUGGCCCAACAUGCCUAGGCACAACCUGGCGCUCCGGCUGCACGGCUCUACCGUCAGCUUUGGUGCGCCCGACGUGUACUAA